AUGGCUUUGUACUCCAACCUCACGCACCCCGUCAACGAUAUCUGGUCUUGCCCGGAGUUGAGUGGCAUCCUAGCGGGUCUCUACGAUGCAGCCAAAACUUCUCGUCGAGAGAGACCGUCAUCAACUUUCUGGAGGGCCUACUUUGGCCGAGCUCUUCCCUUGGAUGAAUUCGAGGCAGUAGCCGAAGAAAACCCAGACAGCUCAGGGAGGAGUGUCGACGUCUUCAUCAACCGCUACCUUCCUCAUACACAUGAAAUCAGACUUCAAUGCCCGGUGGAAGUGAAAAGAGACAACGGCAACAUCGAGGAAGCCGAACAGCAAGCACAAGAUGCGUGUUAUCGAGCCAUGCGCAGGCACAAACUCAGCCAUAUGUUUGCGAUAACAACAGACGCGACUCGGUUCCGUUGUUGGAUGGUUGAAAAGGGAAAGAAAACGCCCUAUUUCCCGCUCACACCAAUAGAUGGUGGCGAAGCACGUCUGGGCCACCGGAAAUCGUACAUUGAGAUUCACUCCGAUCAAGGGGAGGGUGUCAUGAAAUCCUUCCUGGAGCAGCUCUACAACAACCGGCCUCUAGUGGCGACCCAAACCUCCCAAACCCGAGAGGCUCCACUUCAGCCCGCUGGUCAGCAGUACGGAGAGAGCACAGUACCAUCGUACCAGCAGCAAUAUUACGAUGCUGAAAUCCAAUUCUAUGAUCAGAUCAAGAGCAUUACCUUUGAGCCUCACUGCUUCCAUUUUGGUCAUGGCGUUUCGGUUCACAAUUGCUUCAGCCGUUAUUGCCAGUUCUUCCGCCAUCACGGUCGUCGCAUACCCCAUUUCCACCCCGGUUGCUACGAAUUCGCAACCCGUACCCAAGGGCCAUCCCUAGACGAGCACUUCUUGGCUGCGACGGAUUAUUCUUUCGAGCCUUCUUGGGCACAAGAGUCGCGCCGGAGGAAGUUCUUGCGUCGGUUCUGCGUAGAAACACUCCGAAACCCCAGGUCUGAAUUUCGCUGGCCUGAAGAACUGCCAACAGAGCUUUGGUCGAAGAUCGCAUCCUUUGUGGUAAGCGAGCUUGCUACCGCCCUGGACGACUUCAAAUGGGCCACGCGAGGGGCUGUACACGAGGCCGUUGACCUUUCGGCCAAAGUCUAUGCGCAAUACGUUGCAAUUGAUGGCAUCGUUUACCUCCAAGGCUUAAGCAAUGAGCAGCUUCCAGGGGCCUUUCUGCGGUUUGACUACGACCGCACGACAAAACUACCGGUACAUGUCGACGUUGGGAGUGAUCACCUGGGAGUGACGUGCUUCCGUUUCGUUUUGCCGAACGAUAGACCGGGAGAUAGGGUCGUACCUACACCGGGUCUGUGGUGGAAGCGUAUCUCCAGGGCCGACGGAAUCCACAGCUUAAGAAUCCAGAGCGAUGGCCUGAAAGUCGUCAAGCUCCAGUGCGACACGGGGCCGACCUCAUCUCCGCUCAGGUCUCAAUCCCGCAUGCAGGACACCAUAUCAUCGGUUCGUUGGUCUGUUCCUGGAAUACAAGCCGAUGUUGCGUUACUCGAUCUGGCCACCUGCGGUCCGGUGUCGGGAGACUUGUCAUCACUACGAAUGCAACAUAUCUGGUGUAACUCCCCGGCAGUGAAAGGAUAUUCUGCUCGCUGUUCGCAUUAUUCUGUUUCCCGUCUUCUGUGUCACAUUGAAAACGAGGAUCCCGGCAAGGUUUACCAGCAAGCCGAUUCCAACCAAGAUGAUCAUGAUGUCUGGAUAUACCUACCAAUCGACGAGGGCGAACGUACCCAAACGAUUUCCUGGAGGACGACGGCGAACCAGACACCUGGAACGGAUGUUGAUUUGGCCCUUUUCUUUUCUACAGAUCGGGAGAAGGCAGUCCUGUUUGGAUGGCAUGUACCGCCCCCAGACGUUCACCAGUGCGACUUCUACCAGGUGCGCCAUUUGCCUAACGCGGCGUCGCGCUUAUACUUGAACGUUCCCGAAUCCACCCCGAAGCCUGAAAUAUACAUUAUCGGUCUGGAGAAUGCCCUCGAUUACCGACGCAUUCCGUACCCGCGGCCACUUGUACCGCUAUCGCCGCAGCCAGAUAUUGACCAACCUCUCCGUUGGUAUCAUUCUUCUUGCCUUUUAGACGACGUCAGAACGAUCACGGCUUAUAGGCCCCAUGUGUGGUCUCCCAUCCUAGGCAUUCUUGUCCGCUACAAUAAUGAUCAUAGCAUGGCCGUUGGGCAGGUGAGACUUGACUGGCUGCAGGAGACAUAUUGCGUCCAUGGAGAUAACAGCAAGGCUUUCUUGGGAAUUGGCGUGAUCGACGUUGCCAAUCCAGACCGAGGCACUGCUGAACAGUACAGCGUUAUCACCAAUAUCGGUGUCGAUCCUGAUCAUGCGACAUCCCGGAGCACGGUAGCACUUGUCUUGGAAGGGUCACUCGAUUGGUGGUUUACGAGCCACUUCUACUGUAUUCGACAAUGCAAAGGGGGCAAGUUUUGGCGUAUUUGUGAUCGGUUGGAUAACUUUCAAAGCCGGAUAACUGGUUAG